AAAAAGAAAAUUACGUGUCGCUUUGUAUUUUCUCAUCCAUUUAAUCAUGUGCAUCUCACGUGUCUCACUCCAACUGAAAUUCUCUCUUCUCUUCCUCUCUCUCUCUCUUCGUUCUCUCAACUUAAUGAAACCGAGAGAGACCUGCCCGAAAAAACUGACCGCUGCAUUUACACUCUUUUCCAUCUCCUCCGAUAUUUCCCAUUUCUCUCUCUCUCUCUCUCUAAAAUUUAGACAUAUUACUGCAAUGGCUUCUCCGCCGACGCCGCCAUUGCCGGACGAUCUUGCCAUUGGCUACUUUUCAUCAUCUCCUCCUCCUCCUCCUUCGCCGGUCUCCAGUCACACCUCGUUGAAGAAUCUCAGUCCCAGCAUCUUAAUCAUUCUUACGAUUCUUGCAUUUACAGCCUUUUCUUCGGGGAUUCUCUGCCUUGUUCUCCGUUACCUUAACCGACGGUGUCUUCUCCGUCUCUCUGCCUUGUCUGGAUCGUCAUCUUCCUCUACUGUUUCUAGUCGCCGCAUUAUUCCAGCAGAACAAAGUGCGGUUCGUUGUACUAACUCUUUCUCUCCAAUCGAAUCGCUUCCUCUGUUCUCUUUCUCCUCCGUCACGCGUCGUUCUUCCACUGCCGCCGCUGAUUGCGCCGUUUGUUUGUCGAAAUUUGAAGCGGAAGAUCAGCUUCGUCUUCUUCCUCUCUGUUGCCAUGCGUUUCACGCUCAAUGCGUCGAUACUUGGCUUCAAUCGAACCAGAGUUGUCCUCUUUGCCGCUCCGCCAUUUUCGCUUCUGAAUCCGAUGUAAUGAAGGCAUCCAUGGCUUCCUAUGCCGCCGAAGGUCGCGGCGGGGACAGUUUUAGGCUCGAGAUUGGCAGUAUUAGCCGUAGACAAGCGCCGUCCGACUCUGCCGAAGGAAGGAGAUCGUAUUCGAUAGGAUCGUUCGAAUAUUUCGUCGAAGAAGAUUCCGAGGUAAACUUCACCAAUGCUCACCGGAGGAGCGUCUCCGAUAAGGAGGACAUCGAAGCUCCUAUAUCAGCGGUAUCUACAGAGCGAAGCCUAGCGGCGGAAGUCGGGUCUGGAAGGAAUUGGCUGAAGGACUACGUCGAUAGGCUCUCGAAUUCGGUAUCAUCUCGUGCACUGUCUUUCCGAGGCUCCGGUAGGUUCUUCACCGGAAGUAGUCGACGGAGUGAGGUGACAGUCGCGGGAGAAUGGGAACAGGAGAACAACCGCGUCGGAGAGGAAAUAAGCGAGUUAUUCCGGUGGUUUUCAGGGGUAUGAUCGUAAUUACAGCACACGGGAAGAGGAUUUAGAAAUUUAAGGAGUUGGGUUAAUCGCCGGCCGAUUGGUACGCAAGUAUAUCUUUUUUUUGCCUUAUUGAAAACGGACGGUGAAGAUUCCUAUUCCUUUUGAUCCUUUUGAUUAUGUCAACGGCUGAGAUUCAAGCUGGUAAUCUUGUGAAUAAUUUUUUUUUUUCACAAUUAUACACCAAACAUUAAUUUUGUUGGCAUUUAAUCAAAAAGCUCAAAAAGAUUGCUGAGAUUUUUCUGUUACCUCGUUUUGGCUGGGAUUAAAGUAAACAAAAGUUUCCCAUCGUGGCAGUGAAGCCUAAUACCACACUUUGAAUUCAUAUUUUAUGAAAAAUGUGCCAUUUUUCUUUCUAUAUAUAUAUAAAAAAAAACCAUUUAUCCCAUUCCAUAAUUCCUUUCCUUUCUUUCCAUAUAGUUCAAUGGUAAUUUUGGUCAAAAGCUAUAAUUUAUCAAAUCAUACAGAUUAUUUAUGUGAUUUUAUAGAACUAAAUUUGGAUGUUUCUCCUUAUAUGGAGAUCAAAUUUGUAAUUUUUCGUUUGGUUAUUGAUUUUUCUUGAGUGUAUUUUGUGUAUAAUGUUGUUGAUAUGGAAUGAAGAAGUGAUUUUGUGGGA